AUGGAAGAUCUUGAAAACCCUGUUUCAGGCCUCUCACCCAAAAAGGUAAGGCUUCCAUGGUGGUUAUUCCACUUGUCUGGGCUGCUCUUCUUCAUGUCCAUCUUCUCAAUAAUCAUCCUAUGUAGCAAAUUUAAGGAUAAAAAACCCGAAUUUGUUGUAAGCUCGAUGUUCGUCUCUUCCUUUAAAAAUUACUCUGAAAACGAAAGCAGUUGGAAUGUAAGUCUGUCCAUGAAAAACCCUAAUCUCAAUACAUAUAUCAGUUAUGAUCAGGCUCAAGUUUGGCUUUUCUACAAAGAAAAAUUUAUUUCUACUGCACACAUAAUGCCAUUCUAUCAACGUCCUGGGGAUCAGGAAAUAACAGUGCAUGCAAAUCAUGGAAUGGAAACUGAUGCAAUUGAAGAAGAUUUUAAUGAAGAUAGGGUUCUGAACUUUGAUCUCUUGCUGGAGGCCAGUUUUAGGGUUAAUCCUCAAUUUUUUUUGGAGGGGAAAAGAUUUUUGAUUGUUGAAUGCAAAGAUUUGAGGAUUAAAUUCCCAUUAAAUCAUACUAUGGGAACGCUGUUAAGUAGUGAAAAUAGAUGCAUGGUCCGAACGUAUGGCAGCAAAUCUGAUGCUUAUAAGUUAUAG